GUAUUCUAUCCGUGUCCAUUGUCAUUGCCGUUUGCCGUUUGCUCAAAGGAAACCCCGUUCCAUACCUCAUAGAUCUCCUCCUCUUCCUCUUACAUAAAACCCCAUCUUCUUUGCCAUGUCUCCUCACAACGACGCGCCUUCUCCGAACGGCAGCUUCACCAACGGGAACAGCUUCAACGGCCUCUCUGUUCGCUCUCAGGCAGCGCAGCACAUCUUCAACCAGGCUCACUUCGACAACUUCGAGACGAGUUCUGUAGAAUCCAUGGACAUCCACCGUCCAUUGCUGCCAGGCAUCUACGUCCCCACGGUUGCUUUCUUCGACUCCGCCACAGAAGACGUAGAUGUCAAAACCACAUCAAUGCAUGCUGUCCGUUUAGCCAAGGCGGGCGUGGCCGGUAUCACCACUCAGGGCUCCAAUGGCGAGGCGGUGCACCUCUCCCACAAGGAGCGUAGCCUCGUUACCCGGACGACUCGCAAGGCUCUUGACGACGCAGGCUUUGGCUACAUGCCCAUCAUCGUUGGAUGUGGCGCCCAAUCAACCAAGGAGACGAUCGAACUCUGCAAUGAAGCUGCAGCUGAUGGCGGUGACUAUGCGUUGGUGUUGCCCCCCGCAUAUUACCAGGGCCUCUUCUCCAAAAAUACUAUUGUUAGCUUCUUCAAGGAUGUCGCCAGUGCAUCCCCGGUUCCUAUCCUGAUCUACAACUACCCCGGAGCGGUGUCGGGCCUGGACCUCAAUUCGGACGCCAUCAUCGAACUCGCGCAGCACCACAAUAUCGUCGGCUGCAAGCUGACCUGCGGCAACACCGGCAAGCUGAACCGCAUCGCAGCCGCGACCCGUGCCGCGACCGUCUCCGAGCCAGGCUCGGGCUUCAUGUGCAUGGGCGGCUCUGUCGACUUCACCCUCCAGACCUUGAUCGGUGGCGGCUCAGGUGUCAUUGGCGGAAUGGCCAACAUCGCGCCCAAAGCCUGCGUCAAGCUAAUGAAUCUCUUCGAGGCCGGCGAGCUGAAGGAAGCACGCAGGCUGCAAGCCAUCGUAGCCCGCGGGGACUGGGCCGCCAUCCAGGGCGGCAUCAUUGGCACCAAGGCAGCGCUGAUGGCCCACUUUGGCUACGGAGGGCACGCCCGCAAGCCUCUCCCCAAGCCAAGCAAGGAGGAGACGCGCAAGUGGCGCGAUGCAUUCGAGGAGCUGGUGAAGCUGGAGAAGUCGCUAUGAGCGCUGAAAGGUUCCUCGCUUGCUUCAUUUUUUACGCCUUGCACGCCUAAGAUACCCACACCUCUUCUCAGCUUCGCUGCAAGUCUGUCGGAGCGGGGCGAGGCGAGAAGAGGAUGAAGUGAGGCCUGGAGCCUCUCUCCCACUUUUGUCCCACUUCGCUUCCCCAUCCUA